AUGAAUCACCAAAUAGGAGUUUGUUUCUUGACAAUCUUGCACUCAGGUUAUUACCAAGACUUGCUUUCUAAUCUGAGAAACUUGAAAAUUAGUUUCAAAGAGACAGGCUCAGUGGGUUUAGAUUCUAAAUUUGGGAAGAUCACAAUUUAGUGCCAAUUCAGCCUCAUUUUUGUUGUCAAUACACAUUCAGUUAUGGGGGACAGCCAAAGUGUCUCCAAUUAUGUAUCUUUAGCAAAGAAGGUGUGCUGGCUCUUUAUUAGAUGAGCAGUUCGGGUGCUUAAAACAUUCAAGCUAUUUGAAUCAACUCAGGAAUAAUGUUUCCUUGUUAUUUUCAAUAGAAUGUAUUAAUGCAGCAUAGUUAAGCAUCCACAAGAUUUAUAAUAAAACUACUUUCUUCUUGACUCUAUUUGUGCCCAGACUUGCUCAGCAGGUUUUAUUUGGAAGAAUAAUUAUCUGGGUUGUCUCCAUUCCGUAUUUUUGGUGUGAUAAAAUAUUCAGAUGCUCCAAUAUUCGUUCUGGACUAGCCUCUUAUCAAGCUAAUAUAUUGAGUAUUCCUAAAUCAGCAGGUUAAUGAGAUCAAUAGCAUGAAGUAAUCUUCACACUCAGACCUUUCUCAUUCCUCAGUCUCUAAAUGCUUAAGGUGGUAAACUUUUUAAUAGAUAAAGUUGACAACUAAUUUCUACUUUUAAUAAGGUCAAGCCAAUA